UUGAUUGAUCACAUGCUGCUGUGACGCAGUGGCCAAGACGAUGUGUGAUCUGCAGUUCUACUGUUCCUCUUCAAUAAAUUUCAAGCACAGAAAGAUGUUCAACAGCAGUUUAUUAUAUGAAAAAAGGCCUUUGAAAAAGCCUCGGAUUGGGCCUCCAGAUGUAUACCCCCAAGAACCAAAACAAAAAGAAGAUGAACUCACUAGUAUUAACGUUAAACAAGGAUUUCUCACCAUGACCCAUUUAAGCGAUGAGUUUGGAACUGCCAGAAACUGUAAUGUUAAUGCUAACAAGGUUGGGGCCUACUUCAGUGGAAUUAUUGCUCGUAAGGAGGAACUUUCUAUGCUUCCUGAUUCGGGACGUAAGAGACAACAAAUCAAUCCCAAAGAUAACUUCUGGCCUGUAACCAACAGAACAAAGAAUUACAUAGAAGCUUGGUUCAAAGAUCUUUCUGGUAACAAGCCCUUGAUGAAUCUGGCCAAAAGAGCUCCAAAUUUCAAUAAGAAAGAAGAGAUUUAUAUGAUGCUCACUGAAUAUCAAGUCCCCAUGCUCAGGGCAGCUUGGUUCAUAAAGCUGAGCUCCGCAUACACAGUUGCUGUUUCAGAAACCAAAAUCAAGAAACGUCAAAUGCCUGAUCCAACUACUGAAUGGACUAGUACAACACUGAAAUUUCUCAAAGACCAAAUUCCAAAACUGCAGGAGUUUUACUCGCAAGUAGAAAAACCACCUCCAGCUAAUGCAACAUUGAAUGCUGUUCACACUAUGGAGACUGAACAAAAACUUGCAGUCCGACAUUGGACAUAUUGUAUUAGACUUCUGAAAUACUUAUAUGAAGAAGGUUUGAUGGAUAGGCAAGAAGUGUUGAACUGGAUUAUUGAUCUGUUGGAAAAACAGAAAUCGCAGCCUGCAGAUGAUGGAAUGUUGAGAUUAUUUUUACCUCUUACGUUACAGUAUUUAGACGAAUUUGUUCAGUCAGAACUUCUAUGUAGAAGGUUGUCCCAUUUUUGUACAAAAAAAUUAAGUAGUAUGUUGAACAAUGUUGCUGAGACAAAUUUGAUGACUUCUCCUCCAAGCGAGAGUAAAACAGAACAAAAAGAUGUCGAUAAAGAGAAAAAAGAGACUGUUGUUUCUAAUCCUAUUCAAAGUACUUUGAUUGAAUAUCAGAACUGUCCUCAUCAUCGUGAUAUUGUUCUACAAUUGAGUACCAUCAUUCAAACGAUAGUACUGGAAUGCCCAACGGCCUUGGUGUGGUGUCCUACAGUUUUCACCAGUUCAUCUGAUCAAGAAAAUGCUGUCGUGAAACUACUUUGCGAGUGGGCAGUGUCUCCCGAAAGAACUGGAGAACAUAGAGCUCUUGCCGUUGCAGCCUUGUUGGAUAGAAGACAGUCCGACACAAACACUCCUGGUGAUCAAGAAGCUGCACAUGGAGACGAUAAAGAUUCCAACAGUAGCAUUCCUGGGGGUCCUCCCAUGUUUCAGUCCUUGCUGAUGAAGUUUUUGGAUAUGGAUGCCCCUGUUCCUGCACCAGAUGAUUGUUCUAUGAAGAAGACAGCAUUCUCCAAUUUGGUCCAUCUCUUUGCGGAAUUGAUUCGUCGCGAUGUUUUCUCCCAUGAUGCUUAUAUGUGCACUUUGAUAUCAAGAGGAGAUUUAUUGGGACACGAAGAGACAACUGACACUAUGUCCAGUCAUCAUCAUCAUACCAAAAUGGAGCCAAUGGAUUAUGAUGACGCAAACAUCGACCAUGAUCUUGAUAAAAUCUUACAAAAUAUCAAGGAAGAUCAGCAGAACUCCAUGGAUGUUCCUGAUAGCCCAAAAGAGCACGAUCAUGGUCAUCAUACGCAUGUGCCUUCUUCAAUUGGUCACGUUCCUAUGGAAAGUGAUCAUAAUGAUCACAAAGUGAAACCCUCACGUCAUCUAUUAUAUACCACCCAUUUCCCUCUGAGUCAAGAUGAUCCCUUUUGUCAACAUGACUGUAAUCAACGACACGUUCUGCUCUAUGGUGUGGGAAAAAAUCGUGAUGAAGCCAGGCACACGGUGAAGAAGAUGUCGAAAGAAAUUUGCAAACUCUUCUCGAAAAAAUUCAGCGUAGAUGUCGCAGAAGGGGGCAAAGUCAAAAAGCAUUCCAGAAAUGAGUUCAACUUCGAGGCCACUACUCAAAAAUGCCAGAGUCUUAGCUACUUUGAUCAACAUCUUGUCACUUAUCAGUGCAGCGUCACAGUGAUAGAGAUGCUCAAUUCGUUUGCCACAGGAAAUUCCAACUAUUUACCCGUUCAAGAGCAUGUAGCAUUCUUGUUCGACUUGAUGGAACUAGCGUUGAAUAUUUACGGUUUGAUAGAUGUAUGUAUACAAAUUUUGAAAGAACUACCGGAGGUCGAGACUCAGUUGUACAAUAAAAAUUCAGUGCUCAGUAGGAAUUAUACAACUUCUUUAAGUUUGUACGUGGUUGGAGUGUUGAGAAGGUAUCACUGCUGUCUAUUAUUGUCGCCAGAACAGACAUCCGCUGUUUUUGAAGGUCUUUGCAAAGUCGUUAAGCACGUAUCGAAUCCUGGGGAUUGCAGCUCAGCGGAACGAUGUAUCCUUGCUCACUUAUAUGACUUGUAUUCAUCGUGCAGUCUUCUUAAAUCUAAACCGCACACCGUGGAACCAUUCGGAAAUGCUUAUCCCAAAAUUAAGCAAGCUCUAUAUACGUCACCCCAACCUACACCCAGUAAUAUUUAUGUGUACAACGCUCAGUAUAUGCAGGAGCUAUUCAUAAGUCCGCGAAGAGCUGGCAGGAUAGACAGUGUUUUAGCAAAGCAGCUCAACGAAAACGGGAACAAUAGGUAUUCUUUUGUCAGCAAUGCCGUGAUUCAUGUUUGUCGGGAGACAGACAAUGAGAGGCUGAACGAUUUGGCAAUUCUAUGUGCUGAAAUGACUGCUUGUUGUAACUCAUUGGCUUCCGAGUGGUUGGGAGUACUGCUAACCCUUUGCUGCCCUCUGUCUCAUCCUGGGUACUAUGCAGAUGUUUUGAACCAGCUGGAUAUUCAGGAUGUUGGUAUUCACAACGCAUUGGCAGUAUUCACCUGUAUUUUGAUUGCAAGACACUGCUUUUCAUUAGAAGACUUUGUGAGAAGAGUUGCUCUACCUAGCUUGCUCAAGGUGAAAUCUCUUGAUAAUGGUGAAGGUCGUGCCGAAGGUGGCAUGCGUCUCACCUGUCACCUGCUACUGCGUCUUUUCAGAACUGCCGAGGGUCCCCAACCGGGCCUUUAUUCUGUUGGAUCCCCCCCGCUAACAGCUCCACGGCCGCCCUUGGGUGUCAGGUUGAGUUGCGACCGUCAUCUCUUGGCUGCCGCUCACAGAAAUAUACAUGUUGGUCCUGUUUUGGCAGUACUCAAGGCAGUUUUGAUUGUUGGUGACGCCACCGCUAAAGAGGGCACUGAGUUGAGUUUAAGUAAUAUUUUAGGGACGAGUGAUCUGCAUAGCGGGUCAGACGGACCUAGCUUGGACCUGCCGAUGAACGUGGAUGUGUGCGGAUCACGGACGACACAUAGGCAGUCUAGUACGGGAAAUGCAGAGAGUACCGCAUCACUGUCGGCCUUUGCUUGUCACGUUCUCAGAGAAAUAUGUUCGCAGCAAUGGGUCCUAGAAAGAUGUUUGUCAUCUGAUGAACUUUGUCAUGUCGAUAAUCUUUUGGAUCCUCUUCUGUCACAUUCCCAGGCUCAGAGAUUGUUGCACAUGAUUUGUUAUCCGGAUGCCGGAUGUAGUAUUGAAUCUCUCGAUCAAAAAUCUAUGAUCAGUAGGAUUUUAGAGAAUUUGGAACAGUGGACUCUUCGCAUGUCCAUUCUCGAUCUCCAACUCAUGUUCGAGCAGUUCAGUCCCAAUUCCCCUGAACUAUCCCAAUGGCUUGACACUGUGGCCAAGGCUGCUAUUGAUGUUUUCCAACUCAACGCUCCAUACGAUUCUAUGAUUCAAGACGAGAAGAAAAACGAGAAAAAACAACAGAAUUCAAUAUGGCUGGUCGCUCCGUUGAUCUCGAAACUCCCUUCGGCCAUUCAGGGCCGCGUGCUGAAAGUUGCAGGACAGGUUCUUGAGAGCGGAGGCUGGUGCAAGGAACAGAAGAAUAAGAUGAGGGGUUACGGGGAGUAUCAGAGCUUGAUGAGUCACCAACCGUUUUUGACUUUGGUGCUUACUUGUCUCAAGGGUCAGGAAGAAGGCCAAAGGGAGGGAUUGUUGUCUUCGUUGCAUCAGCAGCUGUCUCAGCUUGUACAGCAGGCAAAAGAAGGCAAUCUACAGGAUAUUUGCAGCAGUGAAAGGACUUUGGAGGGUCUCCAGCUCCGUUUUGCUCUAGUAGGAGGGGUUUUUGAAGCAUUCCAGAGAAAUCCGUCUGCAACCACCGACUGGGCAUUAUUACUGGUACAGUUGGUAACUUAUGGUCUCAUCGAUCUGCACACUCAUAACGAUCUGUUUACCGUCAUUAUUGACAUGUUAGCUACUUUAGUUCAUUCAGCAAAAGCAACGGACAGUCAGGACGACAGCAGGAAAAUGUACCCGAAUCUCUUGAAGAAAUUGAAAAAGGAAGUGGGAGAUCGGCAGAGUGCUUCUUUGCUGCAUAUUUGCCAGUUACUUCCUCUACCAAGAAUUGUAACAGAAGUGAUUGCUGUUGAACCUGCGGGAUCUGGCAAAGGAAACAAACUCAGCUUCGAUAGUGUUGAUAAAAAGCACGAUCUCCAGGUGAGUGACAAACAACGUGUUAGCAGUUGGGAUAUUCUAGAAGGGAUGAAGAAUCCUGCACCUCUUUCUUGGGCAUGGUUUGGAGCUGUAAGACUAGAAAGGAAACCUUUGGCUUGUGAGGAUACACACAGGCUACUCAAAUACCACACACACAAUCUGCAGAGGCCUGCAUCACAUUAUUUGGAUCCUCCUCCACUACCACCAGAAGAUUUAGAACCGAUACCUGAUAAACCUCUAAAGGACAUUGACCUGAAGGCUGACACACCAUCAUCAGUGGAUCAGAGCCCAGCCGGAGGAGUUGGUAAAGGUCGAGGCAAAGGCCAAAGGAAGCCAAGGAAACCCAAGGCAGGUCCUGGUCCGAUGCAUGUUAGUCCAAUCUCAAUGGGGCAGUCUCCGCUAGGCCAAGGCAACCCCGGAAUGCCGAUACAAGGAAACAACCCUCAGAUGGGCCAUAACAUGGGCGGGUAUGCUCAAGGUCCUGGAAUGCAGCAACAGGGUCAGCAGUAUGGAGGCAACGCAGGUCAGCAGAACUGGUAUGGCCAGAACCCACAGCAAGGAUAUUAUCAGCAGAUGCCAGUGAAUCGAUUUGAAAGACCUCAGCAACUGAAUACUCCGAAACAAGCUCUGUCCAAUAUGAUUCGUUCAAGACAUUCCAUCAACACAUUCAUGCCAGGCAUGCAGGCAAAUCCAAAUACGCAACAGCCUGCAGCUAACUAUCCCCAAAUGCAGAGAGGUUUCCCAAGGCAGGCUAUAAGACAACCGCAUCCAAACACUAUGCAGCCUAGUCAGGGCAUGUUUCCGCAGCAGUAUGGUGGCAUGCAGACAGCGAUGGGACAACAGUAUGGUAAUUAUGGUGGCAACCCACAGACAAUGAUGCAAGGAGGGCAACAAAUGAUGCAAGGAGCUCAAAACAAUAUGUUUGCGGGACAGCAGCAAGGUUUCGGACAACCUCGACCAGCUCAACCGGACUACAGGCAAAUCCAGCAGAAUCCCCGUCCACCCUACAUGCAACAAGCUCCCAAUGUCACUAUGAAUACUAGCAUGUCGGGAAUGGGAGGAAUGGCUGGCCAGGGUGGUCCAGCCCCGCCAUAUUCCAGACCUGGUGCGCAAGGAAUGCAACCCAACGUCCAAAAUCAAAACCAAUUCCAGCAGCAACAAAGAAUGAGGUUGAUGGCCAUGCAACAGCAACAACAGCAGCAGCAGCAACAACAACAAGGGGGUCCACAGGGUAGUCAACCAUCUCAUACUUUAGUGGCUCAUUUGCAGAGGCAGCAGAUGAACCCAGGACAAUAUCACCAACCUCCUCCGUACAACAUGCAGUAGAUAGAAAAGUGGAGAAUAUGACAUGAAGUGUGUGUGAGUUGAGUGUGGGCGUGUGUGUGAACUUAUGAGGUCAAAUUGUGAUAUAUUUUAUUUAUACAAUAGAAUCAAUGAAUCAAUUAAAAAUAUUCUUUGUUGUCUGAA